AUGAGCAACGACAGUCACUUCGAAGGCUGGGUGGGCCACGAUAAGGAGUGUCUCGGCAACAUGAAGUGGGAGUCGUUCCAGCCGAAGCAGUGGCGCGAGACGGACGUGGAGAUCAAGAUCGAGUGCUGCGGCGUGUGUGCGAGCGAUCUGCACACGGCGAGGUCUGGAUGGGGGCCUACUCGGUAUCCCUGUGUCGUUGGACAUGAGAUUGUCGGCACCGUCGCUCGAGUCGGCAAGGAAGUUUCGGGCUUCAAGAUUGGCGACCGUGUCGGUGUAGGCGCGCAAUCCGACUCGUGCAAAUCCUGCUCCGCCUGCAAGGCGGGCCAGGAGCCAUGGUGUGAAAACGGCAUCGUCGGCACCUACAAUGGCGACUACAAAAAGACGGAUGGAUCCGGGUUCUCCAUGGGAGGGUAUGCCAAGUACUCGCGCGUUCCUGCGCACUUUGCGGUUCACAUUCCCGAUGGACUCCCUUCCACCGUUGCUGCACCCAUGAUGUGUGGUGGUGUCACGGUGUACAACCCGCUCAAGUCCAACGGUUGCGGUCAGGAGGGCUUCAAGCGCGUUGGUGUCGUCGGUAUCGGUGGGUUGGGCCAUUUCGCGCUGAUCUUUGCUAAAGCGCUGGGAGCGGAAAAGAUCACCGCCAUCUCGCACACCCACUCCAAGGAGGAAUUGGCUCGCAAACUUGGCGCUACCGACUUCAUCGCUUCUGCCGACCAAAAACCCUACGCUGCCCACAAGAGGAGUUUGGACCUGCUGAUCGUUACCAACAACAACGCCGACAUGCCCAUCGCCGACUACCUCACGCUGGUUCGACCGCACGGCAAGGUCGUGGCAGUGGGUAUUCCAGAAGAGCCCUGCAUGCCCACUCCGAUUCUGCAGAUGGCGUUUACAGGUGUGUUCAUGGGUGGAAGCGCCAUCGGUGGUCCCAAGAUCAUCAGGGAGAUGCUCGAGUUGGCCGCCAAGCAGAACCUCAAGCCCAUGAUCGAGGAGCGCGAUAUGAAGGACGCCAACCAGGUCGUCAACGAUAUGGAGGAGGGUAAACCUAGGUUCCGCUACGUCAUGGUCAAUAAGGACUACGAGCCGGUUCAGGCUGAGGCUCGAAUCUAG